CUAGCCCGUUCUAGACAUUAUCGGAGAGCAUAACUCUGUUCAUCACUAAAUAAACGCUUCGUUUUUGUGCUCCGAUAUUUAGCUUACGCUGGUUGUUUUACUCAUUUCAGGAUAUAAAAGCCCACACCAAUUGCACACUGAUUCACUUGGUCUGACGAAGCCCUUGUGUCGAGGGCGAAACGUUACCAAACUACUAUAUCAACCGAUUGUUUCCAAACCUCUGAACUCAUCACUAUUCGAUCAGUUCCAAGUAUCUUCCAAGGUUUCUUCUCUUUUCUCACCAGUGCUGGUUUACCGUUGGAAAUGACAUGAGUCCUAUUGAGAACGGGUUCUCGGAAAUUCUGUUUCACUUGCGUUAUGAUGUUGCUUAUCACGUUUCCCUCUUCACAAUGUGUGCCGGCCAACACAGCUUUCUCGCGUGCCUGUGUUCCGGCUCUCCACUUUUACGACGGCAGUGCGAAUAGAAAAUUGAAGCGAUGCCAAACUCUUCUAUAUGAUAGCACAAAAGAAUUUCUCGCCCAACGCAGUCAGUUCAAGCAGGCAGAAAAGGCGUGGAUCGCUGAGAAGGAUCAACUUUUGUGCCGGUUAGCUGGAAAGAAACUCCCAUUAAAUGUGGUUCCCUAUUGUAAAACUUCAGGCGUACAGCCCUCUGACGAACGAUCUGUCCAACUGGAGACAACCUGUCUAGAUGAUCUCGUGUCUACGGCCUCGGGUGAUGUAGCAAACCAGUCAACACGAAAGAGAUAUGAGCAGUUGGCUCAAACAGUUCGCGAUCUGCAACACCAGCUGAGUCAACAACAAAAGUUGAGCGAGAUGUACC